AUGACAUGGAAAGAUAGAUCAAGAUGCCCAGGACUGGGGGGAGUCCGAUUCCGUACUGGUAAUGAAACAGAAAGAUCAGGAGUAGUAGAGAUUCUGUACCAAGGUUUCUGGGCACCUGUGUGUGGAAACUACUUCUAUAACUCUACAGCCAGUAUCCUCUGUAAAGAACUAGGAUUUGGAGGAGGAACAAAAAUGACUUCAGUUUAUGAGUACAGCACUAGGUCAAUUGAAUUGUCCUGUUCUUACACAUCUAAUCCUGGACUUGAAAAUUGUAAUGCCUACAUGGUCUCCUACUGUAGCAAUACUGCAAGGAUCAACUGCUAUGAUAGCAGCCCCUCUUGUACCUUUGAUGAUGCCUGGAAUGAUUGUGGCUAUACCCUAGGAAAUUGGAGGAUUUCUGGUUCAACGCUUAACCUCAUGUAUGGGUCCUCCAAUGUAACUUCCCCCCAAUUCGCCAGUCCAACAAACGGAAGUGUUCAAUUCCAGUACAUUAUCUACAACCAGGCAAGCACAUUCCUCAGGCUUCAUUUGAUGACGACAAACACAAGCCAGGUUACAGAUUUUUCAGGCUCUAUAGUGGACUUGUGGCUUACAAGAUGUAUAAAUCUACCCCAGGAGGAGUCAGUGAGGCUUGUUUUUGAGGGGCUUUAUGAUUCCUAUUCCUCUUCCUCAGUGUUAGCCCUGGAUAAUAUCACCAUAUCAAAACAACCAUGUCAAGGUUUCCCAGACCUGUCCUGUACAUUUGAUGACCCAUCGUCCUGCCAUUUUGAAGUUGAUCACCAUAAAAGUUUGAUUCCUCCCUCAUUCAGAUGGAAGCUCUCCAAAAGCAAUGACACUUCAGGUAGCUCAGUUGACAGUGGCUCCAUUGGCAGUCAAAAUGUGCGACUUGUUGGAGGAACGACCUCAAACCGUGGUCGUGUUGAGGUCUACCACUCUGGUGUAUGGGGCACAGUGUGUGAUGAUGGAUGGGACUCAAUAGAUGCAGGAGUUAUCUGUGUGAUGCUGGGAUAUCAAAGAGACAAUGCCAUUGCAUAUUCCUAUGCGUACUUUGGAUCUGGAACAGGACAGAUCUGGCUGGAUAAUGUUGCAUGUAGUGGAACAGAGACAGAUAUAUCAAUGUGCUCACAUAACGGAUGGGGAAGUCAUAACUGUGGACACAGUGAAGAUGCAGGGGUGGCAUGUUCAGGUACUCUCAAACCACCAUCUACCACAGAGAAACCAGCCCCUGUAACACUUACAGACAGAACUUACUCCACAGGUAAUCUAGUAUUGUUUGAUUAUAGUGAUGCCCUAAUCAUUCUCAGAUUGUUUGAUCAUAGUGAUGUCCUAAUCAUUCUCAGAUUGUUUAAUUAUGGUGAUGUCCUCGUCAUUCUCAGAUUGUUUGAUUAUAGUGUUGUCCUCAUCAUUCUCAGAUUGUUUGAUUAUAGUGUUGUCCUCAUCAUUCUCAGAUUGUUUGAUUAUAGUGUUGUCCUCAUCAUUCUCAGAUUGUUUGAUUAUAGUAAUGUCCUAAUCAUCCUCAGAUUGUUUGAUUAUAGUAAUGUCCUAAUCAUCCUCAGAUUGUUUGAUCAUGGUGAUGUCCUAAUCAUUCUCAGAUUGUUUGAUUAUGGUGAUGUCCUCGUCAUUCUCAGAUUGUUUGAUUAUAGUGUUGUCCUCAUCAUUCUCAGAUUGUUUGAUUAUAGUAAUGUCCUAAUCAUUCUCAGAUUGUUUGAUCAUAGUGAUGUCCUAAUCAUUCUCAGAUUGUUUGAUUAUGGUGAUGUCCUCGUCAUUCACAGAUUGUUUGAUUAUAGUGUUGUCCUCAUCAUUCUCAGAUUGUUUGAUUAUAGUGUUGUCCUCAUCAUUCUCAGAUUGUUUGAUUAUAGUGAUGUCCUAAUCAUCCUCAGAUUGUUUGAUUAUAGUGAUGUCCUAAUCAUUCUCAGAUUGUUUGAUUAUAGUGAUGUCCUCGUCAUUCUCAGAUUGUUUGAUUGUAGUGUUGUCCUAAUCAUUCUCAGAUUGUUUGAUUGUAGUGAUGUCCUAAUCAUUCUCAGAUUGUUUGAUUAUAGUGAUGUCCUAAUCAUUCUCAGAUUAUUGUUUGAUUAUAGUGAUGUCCUAAUCAUUCUCAGAUUGUUUGAUCAUAGUGAUGUCCUCAUCAUUCUCAGAUUGUUUGAUCAUAGUGAUGUCCUCAUCAUUCUCAGAUUGUUUGAAUGUUUCUACCAAUGCAAUCAAUCAACAGGGGCUGUGUUACUUGCUGAUGCCAGUCAGGGUGAACCUGGUGAUUUUACGACCUUUACAAUCCCACUGAAUACCACAGCUGGAGAGAACCUAAGAGUUCUAUACAAGUUUUCAUAUGGCGUCUGUAAUGACACUAGUAUGCUAGAGAUCAGACAAAGUGAAGCAGAAUCAUCCUCAUUGUUGUUGAGGUCCACAAGUAAGGAAGUGGAUUCCUGGCAGUGGCUGUGCUCACCACUUAAGGACAAUGCUCUAGGUCAGCUGGAGUUCAAGGCCAUUCGUGGAUCAAGUGCUUUAGCAGAUGUGCAGAUAGAUACAGUUCAUGUCUCCAAGGAAAAGUGUCCACACAUUGCAUCAUGUAGGUUUGAGUCUGCAAAGAUUUGUGAUUAUACCUUGCAACAAAGCACUUCUCAAUUCCACUGGUCAUGGGGCAGUACCAUUAUCAGUGGUGCCCCUCUUGGAGACCCUAUAUAUGGCAAGUCAGGACACUACAUGUACACACAGAGUUGUGUGAACUCCAUGCCUGUCCGGGAAGGUGCCACUGCAAGUCUCUCUACACCCAGGUUUCAGACCACAUCAGACAUGCAUGUAACAUUUUACUACCUCAUGAGUGGAUCUGAUAUAGGGAUUCUGAAUGUAUAUGUCAACUCAGAGUCCAGCCCCACCCCCAAGAAAGUGUUCUCAAAGGCUGGUAAUCAAGGAACACGCUGGUACCUGGCAUGUGUAGACAUACAGGGCAAUAAUGACAAUGUAUCAGUCUCUUUUACUGCCUAUCAGGGCUUAGGAUGUAAUGCUACAUUUGGAAUCGACUCUGUCAUGGCAGAUGAAGGAUCUUGUCCAUACCCAUUAGUGGAUUUGAUGUGUGAUGUAGAAAAUCCAGACUUGUGUCGGUACCAGUCCAACUGUACCAAGGGCUCUAAGUUCCAGUGGGCCAGGGGUUCAGGUGAAACUCCCUCCUCUAACACUGGACCAUUUACUGAUGGAAAUGGUAAUCCAUCAGGUCAUUACCUGUUUGUGGAGGCCUCUGAUGGAAUGCCUGGAGAUGAGAGCUUCCUCUGGUUCCCAUCCCUAGAGACAACUCAGACCUCCAGUCUACAGUUUAAGUUCCACAUGUAUGGGGACCAGAUAGGUGUACUGUCGGUCCUGAGCCGAGCUAUCAGUAGAGGUGUCAUCACCCAGCUGUGGUCCAUAACGGGCAAUCAAUGGCAGUAUUGGCACAAGGAAUGUGUCACAAUUCCAGUUUCUUCCCGUUUUGAACUAUAUUUUGUUGCCCAGAAAGGCAGUGGACAUAGAUCUGACAUGGCAUUAGAUGAUAUUGUGAUAACUAAUGCUGCUUGUCCAGAUACGUCAGUAAGUUGUAAUUUUGAAGAUGACUUCCUCUGUGGCUACAUGAAUCAGAGUGUUGCACCAUGGACAAGGGUCAAAUAUACAGAUACCAGCUACCCAUCUUCUUCAACCAAUAAGAGAGGAAGCUACAUCAUGAGUUCAUCUAACUCUUCCGUCAUGUUGUCCCCAAGAUUGACACACCCUGGUGGCAUGAGUUGUGUUCACUUUGAAUACUUUGCUCACCAAGGAGGAACAAACAGGUCACGCCUGGCCAUUCAGCUUUGGGAGGAAACAGACCAAGGCAGAAUAAGAAAAAUGUGGAAUGUGAACCAGAGCACUAAUGGCUUUUGGUACAAUGGGCAAUUUCAAUUUGAUCUCCUGUCAGGGAAUUUCCGCAUAGCUUUCCUGGGUGAGGCAGGAGACGGGAGCUUUGUAGCUGUUGAUAAUGUUACAGUGCUCACUGGAAGUUGUCCACCACUAGAGUGUCCUUCUGAUUUGUUCUCCUGCUCAGAUCAAUGUAUUUCAAAUGAUUAUGUGUGUGACAAAAUUCCUCAAUGUCUAAAUGAAGAAGAUGAAACGCUACUGUGUUCACGGAGUGUAUCAUGUGACUUUGAGGAUUCUUAUCACUGUGGCUAUAUCAAUGGUUCCUCAGCAACCCCAGUCAUGUGGUAUCAGACUCUAAGUGUGGACGGAGUGGUCAUCACUGACCACACUAAACGGGCUACUUCUACAAACAGCAGUUCACUAGGUCAUUUCUUGGGAUUUGUGACCAGUUACACGACACCUGUUUAUCUAAAUGCUCCCAUAGAGAAUGUUACAGUCAAUUCUUGUCUAAAGUUCUACACCUUUGGAAACAGAAACCUGUGGGUGGGAAAUUACUCACAAUUUCUCCUUUCCUUCAUUAAUGAGAGCACAAUAUGGAGGCCAUAUCAGAUACCCGUGGAAGCUGGAACAUUGACUUUACGGUUUUACUGGCCAGGAACAUAUACGUAUGAAAAUAAAUAUGCAGGGUUGGAUGAUGUAUCAAUCACAGCAGGGGCUUGUCCAGCAAUUGAUUGUCCUCCUUAUAUGUUUGCCUGCGGCACCACCACUUGUCUACCUAAUUCACUCAAGUGUGAUCGUAAAGUGGACUGCCCGUCUGGAGAAGAUGAAACAGGGUGUCCUUUCAACAUAACUUGUGACUUUGAGAGUAACAACUGGUGUGGAUACUCAGUAGGAACAAAGUUUAAUCGGAGACAAGGGAAUUAUUUCUACCUCCCUAACCAGGACCACACAACUGGCACUCUCCAAGGAUACUACAUAUACUUCAGCAGUGAGGAUGGAGAUGUGGCUAAUGUCACUAGCCCUGUGGAAGAUCUAGAGGAUGGAUGCUUAUCAUUCUAUUACAACAUGGAGGGGGGUCCCUCAGCCCAGCUCAGUGUGUAUGUCAUCAGAAAUGGCAGCAGUACGCUACGCUUUGUGCAAGAUGGAGUGAGAGUGAGGCGAGAUCAAUGGGUUAAAGGUCAGGUUCCAGUGAAGGGUGGCAGGAUAUAUGUAGAGUUUGAGGCCUAUGCUGAUUCUUACUUUGACCAGCCUGGAGUUGUGGCUAUUGAUGAUGUCCAGUACAGUGAGGGAGUGUCCUGUCCUCAGGAAGCAUGCCGUGAUGAUGAAUUUGAAUGCAGGGAUACUGGAUUGUGUAUUCCAGGCUACCUUACAAUGGAUAAUGUCGCAGAUUGCGGGGAUUCAUCUGAUGAAAGGAUGGGAAAUGUCACCAGUGGAGUAGUUCGCCUGGUUGGAGGUAUGGAUCCUUCCUAUGGAAGACUUGAAAUUUCAGACAGCUAUGGACUUUUCUCUACUGUGUGUGAAUAUAGCUGGGAUCAUGACAGGGAAUCACAGGUUGUCUGUAGACAGCUGGGAUACAGUCGAGCUUUGAAAACAUACACCAGAUCUGAGUUUGGUUUAACACGCCUGAACAGAUACCAUGCAUAUUAUUAUAACUGUUAUGGAUAUGAAACCUCCCUAAGUCAAUGCAGUCGCUACACAAGGAGUACCUGCUCUACCAAUAAAUACACUGCAGAAGCCCAGGUGUCCAUUACAUGUUCUAACACAGAGUGUGUGUUUGGAGAAAUACCCUGUGAACCAGGCAAUAACAACACUGUUUGUGUCCCUGACAAGUAUUGGUGUGAUGGUUACGUGGACUGUCCCGCCGCACAAGAUGAGGAAAACUGUGGUAAAUGUAAAUCGGAUGAAUUUGAAUGUCGAAAUCACGAGUGUGUUCCAUUGUCUCAGAGAUGCGAUAAUUUGAAACAGUGUUCAGAUGGCUCAGAUGAAUUCAGAUGUGUUCGGCCAGCUUCUGGAAGUUUAAGUUCAGGAAGGAUGCAGGCAUGGAAAGAUGGCUCAUGGAGAACCCUGUGUGUUGAUUACAUCACUGUAGAAACAGCUCAAUACUUAUGUAGCAUUGCUGGAGGAGGCACAUUAUCAAAUUUCUGGUCAGGAAGCUAUAUCAUGGGAGGUUACCAGGCCCUGCCAACACAUGGUCCCAGUAAUAUCAUUCCAAAUCAUAUCCUCCAGGCCAGGUAUGCAUGUAACGCAUUGAUGCUGAGUUGCAGAUCCAUUGAAUGUGGUGUACCAAGCUUGGUUCCUCAGACUCAGAAUAUGGUCAUCUCUGGUAAAGCGGCACAGAAUGGAGAGUGGCCUUGGCAGAUUUCUCUGAAGUACCUCGGUCGACACAACUGUGGAGGGAGUAUCAUACACCCAGACUGGAUACUAACUGCUGCUCACUGUGUGGAUUCUGGCUCAGGAUUUGAGAUUGGAAUGGGUAACAUUAACAAUACAGCAUUUACCGUGGACGGCCAGUUGAUCGGUGUGUCUCAGGUUUACAUACAUGAAGAUUAUACCUCCAGCACUUACGCUUCUUAUGUAGACCUGGCUCUUCUAAGGUUAGCCAGGCCUAUAUACUAUAAUGACAGAGUAAGACCAAUCUGUCUAGCCACUCAGAGGGAGGGAUUACGGAACUGUUUUGUCACUGGAUGGGGAGCAUCUCAUUACGAGGGAGGAACUAGGGUCUUACCCGAGAUUCUUCAAGAAACAGGUGUAUUAGUAGUAAAUAACACAGAGUGCCGUAAGAUGUGGGCCAAGGUUUCUACUUCUGUCGUUAUCCAGGACACCGUCGUCUGUGUGGAUAACAGAGAACCUUUCUCUCCAGUGUGCAAUGGUGACUCAGGGGGACCUCUGGUUUGUCAAGAUGAUAGGGGCUACUGGAAGCUUCUGGGAGUGACUUCCCGAGGUCCAACAGGGUGUGUUUACCGUGAUUACCUACCAGCUAUGUAUCAGGGUGUCCCAAGUGCAAUAGCAUGGAUAAGUAGGAAAACAGGUUUGAAUUUCGAUGCUGCUGGUACACCAAGUCCGUACACAGGAACAUAUCCAACAUCAACUUCAACACCAAGGUACAAUGGAACAUAUCCCACAUCAACUUUAACACCAGCUAGUACUGAUAACUACACUGUUAAUCAAACUCGUAGUACACAGUCUAAAUCUGAAGUAGUAAUAUCAUCAACGCAAUCCAGUUUAAAGUUGUCAACAACAUUGCUGCCCAAUACUAAUCCAACAGCAAAACCUGAACCAACACCUGGUCCAACGGCAGAACCAACAAUAUCACAGCCCCAUUCUGAACCCACAGCAGAACCUGAACCACCAUUUACACCUCAUCCAACAGCAGAACCAGAACCAACUGUAUCACAACCCGAACCUGAAUCAACAUCAAAACCUUAACAAGAUUAUGAACUCUUGACCCAUAUCAGAUGUUACUACUACAUGCUUUGCUUAUAGAAAAUAUUCAUGUGCCGGUAUUUAGGAGAUAGACAUAAAGAAAUAUGAUACCUGAAAAAAGGGAGCAGUAUUUUUGUAAAUAUUUAUGAUGUUAAAUAUGGAUUUGUCUUUUUAAUUGGUGAAAGUCAAGCAUCCAUGAAAGUGUCCAGCAAUUAAGAAUUAAAUUUGAACUGGUAAUCUGAUGAAUUAAUUUUGCUACCCUUAAAUAAAGAUUUAUUUCAUCAAUUAUAUACAAGCUUAUUUUUUCAUAUAACAUUGUGUAAUACUUAUUGCAGUUUAACCUAUAUGUGAAAUUUUUCAUACUAUAUAUAGUCACACAGAGUGAUACAUUAUUCAUUUAUGUAUUUAUUAAGGUUGAUUUUAGAGAAAUGUUGAGAUGUCUUCCAUUGUUUUUUUUUGGACACUUUUUUAACAUUUAAAUAAGGGGUACAGCUGUAAAACUAUAUACAUACUUUCCUCGUGUGGGAUUAAUUUAAGCUAUGUAUGCAGUCACAAAUUUUCUAUGGAAAUUUGUAACAGCUUACUUAAAGUGCAAUCAAAACAUAAUAAAAGCAAUUCAAUUGUAUAAAUCUGUGCAAUUUUCUACAUGCAGAUAGCACUGAAAUUGUGGAUUCGUUGAAUUACGACCUGUGGAAAAAAGCAUGUUUACAGUAACUUGUCCGAUUUUUUUAAAAAUGCCCUCUUCCUGAAGCUGAUGUCUUUGCAGGUCAGGGGACUGAUUGAAAUGUAUAGAAAUAUAUAUACAUGUAUGCUGUGUUGCUGCUUAUUAUAAUGUUCAGUAUUUCAAAUUCAUGAUUUAUAAACAAAUCACUUUUUUUUUAUUUCAAAUGUGGAGGCAUAUAUUUGGCCCCUUAUAAUACCUUGCUCAGUAAGUGAUAUGAGUACUGGUAAUGUAUGUUUAAAAAAAAAUUACCGGUACAUACUCAAAAAAAAAAUCAUUCCGUAUGAAAAUUACAUCAAGAUAUGCAUUACACAAGUAUUGUAGUAAAUAAAGUUUUCAUUAAUACUAAAGAACCUUGAAUGACCACAAUGACACUUUUUCAAAGUAUAUAUGUGAACCAUGUAGAAUGACCAUGCUAUUAUGAUGCUUAAAGCAUUAUUGUUGAAAACAAACUCUCUUCAUUACAAAAUUUAUUUCUGCAACAGUAAGUUUUUAUUUAAGCUCCUGCAUUAUUUUUCAUCCUCAUAUUUAGUUAUAGUUGACAAAGGUACUGAACAGCUAUUUAUAUGAUUUUCUUUUCUUUCUUUUUUUUCCUUGAGAUAUGAGAUUUUAAUAUUGGUAUAUUUAUCAGAUUCUCCAUAGGCCUGACUGAAAAGAAAAAAAACCCAGAUGUAUUCCAGAUAAUUUUCUAUUGAAUAUAUAAUGCAGUACAUAUAAUGACUUAAUUUAAGAAUUCGUCUCAUACAGAUACAUUGUGCCCUUGCUUUCACGAUCAUCUUUUUUCAGCUUAUAAGGAUUGAGCUUUAGUGUGAUAACUAUUGCAGUUAUAUAUACAGUAUAUACCAUUUGAAAUGUAUGAAAUUUUGUUAAGAAUAUAUUCUAUUAAAAUUUUUAUAUAUUCAA